UGCAGCCCUUUUCAAAAUGGAGGUAAUCGUCACUGCUCCCGUAAAUAUAGCCCUCGUCAAAUAUUGUAUUAUCUCAUUUGUACUAUUAACUCAGUCCUCUAAGGGGGCAAGUGUGAUCACCUGAACAUGCAUCCCACCAACAACUCCGUGAGUGUCACUCUCUGCCAGCGACAACUUAACACUACCACCCGGAUUAUCAGUGAUUCAAGCAUGACAGCGUGCAGUUUGAAACUCAACGGAAAAUUCCAACAUGAAAUUCCCGGUCGCAUAUUGGAUGUCAUCAUCAUAGCACAAUUGAGGGCUCGUUUAUUAAAUCGCUCUGUUCAUCCAUAUGUGCGCAUCGAGUCAACUAACGGCUUUCCUACGGCGGCAGGACUGGCUUCAAGUGCAUCGGGAUUGGCUUCCUUGGCAUUCGGGUUGGCUCAAAUGUACGGUCUUCGGGAAGACAUUGCCGGAAUUGCACGUCGUGGAUCUGGUUCCGCUUGCCGCAGUACAUAUGGUGGUUUUGUUCAUUGGUCUGUUUCUAUGGGAGCCGCAGGGACUCCCAUCUCCUCCGUUGUUUCCCUCUAUCCUGCAUCUUAUUGGCCAACUUUGAAGGUCUUGGUAUGCUUGGUAAGCGCUGGGAUUGAUAUUUGACCAAUGAUCAACCGAAAUCCAUAAGCUCUACUUGUGCGAUGGAGCGUACAGUGCUCACUAGCAAGCUUUAUCAGCGCGGUCGUCGAGAAAGUGCAAUUGAAGCCGAGAAAGAUCUUUUAACUGCCUUUCGCACUAAAAGCUUUCCCCUCUUCGCCGACGUUACCAUGCGGGAGAGCAAUCAAUUGCAUGCGGUAUGCUUUGAUACUUGGCCCCCUUGUUGGUUCCUCAACAGCGUCAGCCUAGAAAUUAUCCGUUGGGUUCACUACUUCAAUGAAGCCCUCGGACGAACUUCAGUGGCCUAUACCUUUGAUGCUGGCCCGAAUGCUUUUCUUUUUGCCGAAGAGGCUGACGUACCAUGCAUUUUGCACUUUCUCGUAUUGUGCUUCGGGAAAAAAGUGCUCCAAGAUCACGCGGGGUCGGCAUGUGUCACUGCUGCAGAGCCCAAUGGAGACACUAAAACACUUGAUUUCGAUGGUUUGUCGUAUCCCGCAUACUCAGGCCCGGUUAAUAUGUCACUUUUGUCCAAGUUGCCUCGAUACGGAGGUGGUAUUAUGCGAGUAAUAAGCACAGAGGU